AUGGACCCUAAUUACUAUUCUCAAAAUUUAGAAAACAAUUUUGAUGAUUUUGAUCUCAACUCUGACAACAAUCAGCAUCCCGGCUAUGAUUCUUAUUCGCAAGGUAAUUCUUCCUCUCAAAAUUUCCAACAAUCUUUUUAUGCUAACACUAUUGUUGACCGUGAAGCUAUAGAGGAACGUGUUAUGGAGACACAAGAACCGAUCAUGACAUAUCCAUUGCCCGUCAACCCAAAUCAACCAAUUAAGGUUGCAUCUCAGUCUCGAAGUUGGUCGAUUCAGGAGGAUGAAGCUCUGGUUGAUUCCUACAUUAAAGUUUGCUCCGAUCAGAUUAUAGGCACCAACAUAAGAAAAGCUGAUAUUUGGAGGCAAGCUGCUGCGCGCUAUAGCCAAAUUCAAGUAGGUAGACCGUACGAACUUCCUGUAAGAAAUGCAAAAUGUUUAGAGAGUCGUUGGAGAAGGAUGUCUCCAGACAUCAUGUUGUGGGCUGCUAGUUUUGAAAAGGCUGGUAGGUUAUUUGCAAGUGGGAAUAAUGAUGCGGACCAAGUUGCUACCGCUCACCAGUUAUUCCGCACAGAAAACAAAAAGAACUUCACAUUGAUGCAUGCUUGGAAGAUGCUUACUAAAGAAAACCCAAAGUGGAGGGUGAUGAUGAGGUGGGGUAUGUCAAAGACAGAGAGAGAAACAUACGAUGCCAGUCUACCAAUUUCUACUGAAGAGAGUGAUGGAAGUGGCAAGAGAACUAGAGUUGAUGAUGAUGGUGACACCGUCUUGCCAAGUGGUGGGAGCUUCGUAUCUGGAGGUAUAUCUCGACCAGAUGGUGUAAAGAAAGCUAAGGCCAGAAGAAAAGGAAAAGGGGCAGAAUCAUCAGAGGCAGUUUCGUCUUUUGGAAGUCGUUUGCAAGCUAACACUGAAGUGAGGAAUAAUGGGCACGAACUUAAUUUAAAGAGAUUCGAGCGAGAAGCAGAAAAGACUAUAAUGCGGAGGCGACAACUUGACAUAGAGGAACAGAGAAUUCAGUUGGAUAAGCAAAAAAUGAAACAUGAUUUCUUGCAAACAUUGGUGUUUAAGGCUUGUCUAACUCCUGAUGAGGAAAAAGUUAAGGCAGGAUUGAUGUUGGAGUUUUAUGGUGGUGAUAAUUAG